AUGAAUUUCCACGGAACGAGUUAUCAAAAAGAAAAAUGGCAGCCUCCAUGAGAGAAGUCAAGGAACCGGUCAUAGAAAAACAAGAAGAGAAGGCCAAUAAACUACCAGUAAACAACAGAAAUGAUCCUGAUAUUAAAUUAAUUAGACCUUGUAUUAGUUACUGGAAAGACUUUACAUCCUGUUGCUCAUCAUCAUCACGUAUUAGACAAGUGUAUGUCAAUGGUGAAAUGACUGACUGCAUCCCUUUGAGGAAUAUUUCAGAUAAAUGUUAUAUAAUGGAGAAGGGGGAAGAUGGUGCAAUUGAUGCCAUGAAUGAACUGAUAGAAUAUGAGAAGCAGAGACAGGCAGAGAGAGUGAAAAUGAAGACUGAGAAUGAUAUAUGGGAGUAUCGAACCUCAGCACCAGAAAACUGGUCCCAACCCCUCCCAGAAUUUAUGGAAGCCAGAAAAGACACUUACCUCAAUAAAAUACAAGACAAAUGGGAAAAUGAUGAACUGAGAAUAACAGUUAGAGAUUUUCUUACGCGAGAUCAAACAUGCUCUAUAUUAUAAAUGAAUUGUGAAUAUUCAUGAA